CUCCAGUUUGUUUGGUCUGUUACAGAAAGUGCGUUCGAAAGAUGAAACUGCGCGUUAGUUUAUUUGUGUUUUGUGCGGCUCUCUACGUCGGCGCCAGUGAUCCAGGUCCUGGUGGGAACAAGAAAUCACCCAGCAUCAGACUCGAGUUGCUUCUGGCGAAAUUGGAGGCCAUGGAGCAGAAAUUACAAGAAAUGCAAAACGUGUUCAAGCAAUAUCAAUCCAAGCAGGCACAAAGUCAAAAGAAAACUUUUAAUGCGCUUAAAAAACUCGAUCAAGACGUCGUGCUAGUGCUACAAAAUCGCUCUUGCCAUAAUUUUACUCAACAGAUAGUGAGUGUCUUGCCGAAACAGAACCAAUCCACACACAAUUUGGCACCGCAAAUACUGGAUCAUGUGCCACUAACAUCAACAACAACACUGAGGCCUCGGCACACUCACUUUUCCUCGUGCAAGGAUAUAUCAUCUCGGAUAUCUAUCUCGGAUACACAUCUCAUUCGCGUGAAGAAUGAUAGUGAACCAUUCAAAGUGUAUUGUGAACAGAUUGCAUUCGGUGGUGGAUGGAUCGUGAUCCAACACCGUUACAAUGGAUCAUUGGACUUUUACCGUGGCUGGGAUGAGUACCGCGAUGGAUUCGGUGAUUUAGAUAAAGAGUUUUGGUUGGGUUUGGAGAAAUUGCAUCAGAUAACGACAGGCCGUAAGCAUGAAUUGAUUGUCGAAUUGAAAGGCUUCGAUGGUUCGUACGCAUACGCCCGAUAUGAUGCAUUCGAAGUGGGUAAUGAGAGCGAGCAAUACAUCCUGAAGGACCUUGGAUCGUACAGUGGAACGGCAGGUGAUGCAAUGACGUACAACAAGGGCAUGAAGUUCACAACCAAGGACCGAGAUAAUGAUCUAGAUCCAUCGAUACAAUGUGCCCAUAACCGUGAAGGUGCCUGGUGGCACAAUGAUUGUACCGAUGCCAAUUUGAACGGCCGGUACGUGAAUGCUGAUGAUCAGAAAUCAUUAUGUUGGGCAUAUUUCAAAAAUAUAUUCCAAGGAUUGGGUUUCUCAAGAAUGAUGAUCCGGGAGUUGGAGUAG